AAAUAAAGGUAGGCCACCGUUACCUUCACGAGCGAUUACAUGGCUGGAAAUGAAUCCCAUUGCUUUCUAAAGGUCUUUAGGGAUACGGGAUCGCAUCCCCAACCAAAUAAGGUUGAAACAAAUUUCCAGUUCAAGGUGGAUUUUAUUCCUCUAUUCCAACAGUAUCACUUCUUCAUUUCCAUAGAGCUGCGGACAGUCCUCAACGCUUCUGCCUGGCCACCCGCAGCCGAAUGGACCUGCUGCCUGACUUAUGGAGGCAGGAAUACUGGCUUCCUCCAGGUGUGACCUGGACAGACGUGGAACAGCUGGCAGACUCGGACCGACCCCGACCCCACGACCUUCUCAUAGCUCUGCCCCUCGCGUUGGGCUUUGUGGCCCUACGCUAUGUGUUUGAGAGUUUUUUUGCCCCACCCAUGGGCAGAUGUUUGGGGGUGAAGAAUAGACUGCAAGUGACGGCUGCCCCCCUCCCGAGGCUGGAGUCGUUUUACACCCAGAGGAGCAGACACCCGACUCAGAGUGAUAUUGUUAGCUUGAUGUUGCUGUGUGGCAAAACCCAGAGGCAGAUUGAGGCCUGGUUCAGAGUUCGCCGGAACCAAGACAGGCCACCUCGAACCAAGAAGUUUGGUGAAGCGGCUUGGAGGUUCUUUUUCUACCUCACAGCCUUCGUUGCUGGACUGGCGUGUUUGAUCGAUCGUCCGUGGUUCUGGGACCGCAGGGAAUGUUGGACUCAAUAUCCAGUUCAGCCCAUGGAGAGAGCUCAUUACUGGUACUACAUGCUUGAGUUGGGGUUUUAUGGCUCUCUGCUCCUUCGAAUCUCUGUGGACAUCAAGAGGAAGGAUUUUAAAGAGCAAGUGAUCCACCAUCUGGCCACCAUCUUCCUGCUCAGUUUCUCCUACUGUGCCAACUACAUCCGCAUCGGCACCUUGGUCAUGCUGCUUCAUGACUCCUCUGACAUCCUGCUGGAGUCUGCCAAAAUGUUCAACUACGGCACCGGCUGGAGGAAAACGUGUGACACGCUGUUUGUUGUGUUUGCUGUUGCCUUCCUUGUGACUCGACUGGUGGUUUUCCCCAGCAAAAUCCUCCACACCACCCUGGUGCUGUCCAUGGAGGAGUUUCAACCCUUUUUCGGCUACUACUUGUUCAAUGUCCUGCUGAUGGUGCUGCAGGCUCUGCACAUCUUCUGGGCUGGAUUGAUCAUACGCAUGGUUUAUAAGUUCCAAAAGGGCAAGCUGGAGAAAGAUGAGCGCAGUGAUGAAGAGAGCGAAGUCGAUGAGGAAGGCCGGGAUAAAAGAGGAGAAGAGAAUGCGGAUCAAGGAGAAGAUUUUUGUUGGGAGAGAAGUAGAGACAACAUGAACUCCAAACUGCGUAUGCUGACCAACAGUUGUGUCCUGACCAACCACAGGGCAUCUGUGGCCAACAAUAUGCGUAAAGCUCAGUAAAGUGUAUUUUUGUAAGUAACGAUUGACGCCAACAUUUACUUUAACUUUCACAUUUAACAGUAUAUAACUGAUGUGAUUAUUUGCCUUAUUUACUAUGGUUCCUGCACGCUGAUGCCCCUGUGCCUUACAUUAAAUGGAGAGAGAAAUUAGACAACAUGGUGAGAAGUUUCACCAUUAGUCUAAUUCAAAAUAUGACAUAGCAAAGGAUACUUUGGAUGCAUUGACUUGGUUUUUGGGCCCAAGAAUGUUCUGCCUCUCACCACUCUGCUGCACAAGCAACACAGUAAUUCUGUGUUGCCUCUUACAUUGAAGGCUGUUAAUGUCAUUUGUCAAUUACUAAGCCAAAAAAGAAACGGUUACUAAGAAAUAGCACAAUAAAAAGUAGCAUAUAUAAUUCAUAAGACCCAGUAUAAUCUAUAGUGAUGAAGUCAUUAAAAUAGUAUUGAUAUGUGAUAGAGGGUAGAAUGAUAUUGCGUCAUUCGCUACUUUUUUAAACCACACGUAAAUACAAACUCUUUCCUUUCACAAGUUCUAUUUCAUUCACUGUUUUAGAGUAAUACUUUUUGAGGCACUACCUUCUGCUGAUUGUUAACAUGUUCAUAUUUUUACCACUAAUCAGUUUUUUGGCAUUUUAUAUAAUGUAAUAUAUUUUGGAUUUGCAUCUUAUUGUUAUUUUUUGUAAAGAAUUCUUCAUAUCAGCACUCCCUACUUUGCAUUGCAACUGCUGCAAAGUUUCCUCCGGGAUAAAUAAAGAUCCAUCUUACCU